AUGGAAAGAAAGGUAGAUGAUUUUUAUAAAGUGAUUCAAAAGGAAGUGUUAAAUUAUUUUACAUGUUCGAAUGGAAAGAAUGAAUAUUUGAGUUAUGAAAGGAUAAAAUUAUUAAUAAAAGAUAUGAUUGCAUUUUUGAAUGCUGAGAGUUAUUAUAUAUUUACGAAUGCAUAUAGAAAUGAAUAUAAUAUAGAUAUGUUAUAUACCCCGCGAUUGUUUUCAUUUACCUUAUUACCACAUAGAUUAGAUAAGAAAUUAUUAGAAUUAUGUAGGUGUUGCACAUUAUUAUAUUCUGAAUUAUUUGAUAAUAUGGUAUGUGAUUUAUCAUAUUUAUUAGGUAUUUUUGAUAAUAUUAAAGAGCAUGAUUUUUUUUUAAAAAAGAUGUUAGAAGUAUGUAAGAAGGUUUACGUUGAUAAUAAUAGUAGUUGUAGUAUUAAUAAUUGUUAUCGUCGAAAUAUUAAAGAUGACAUUAGAUGUGUUAUAGGUAGAUCUGAUUAUAUGACUAAUCGUAAUAAUGAUAUAAUAGAUAAUAAAGAAAAAAAUGAUUAUGAAAACAUAGACGAUAAAGAUAUAAAACAAAUAGAAUAUAACACAAUAUCUGUUGCAUUUGGAAAUCUUUCUUCUGUUUUAUUUAAAGGACAUAAAUACAUGCUAAAACAAAUAUAUAAAGAAUAUUUUCCAUAUAUAGAAAAUGAAGAGGAACAAAAAGAAGUAAAUGAAAUAUUAGAUAAAAAAUUUGAUAAUAAUUUUUUAGAAGGAAUUAUUAAAUGUUUUAAAAAAUGUCAUGAUAUGUAUAUAUCUGAAUAUAUACCUUUAUUAGGUUCCCAUAAAAUUAUUAUGUUAAGUAUAUUACAUGAGGAAGAUUUUAAUAGCUUUGAUAAAUAUCGAACUAUAAAUGAAUUAAAUAAAAUAAAUAUAAAUAUAAAACCUUUAACAAUAAAUGAAAUUAAAUUAUUAUUUGAAAAGAAAAAGAUUUUUUUAAAUUAUAAAAAUGAAACAUUAACAGAUUCUUUAAUCAGAAUAAAAAAUAAAGAAUAUAAUCCAUAUAAUGAGAUAUAUAAACCUGGAAAACUUCUAAUCGAUUUAAACGAUAUAGAAGAUAAUAUAAAUAUAAUAAAUUAUAUACUUGAAAAUAUAAAUAUAUAUCAACAUAAUAUAUUUGAAAUAAGUGUAUUAUAUUUUAGAUCAUUAUAUACACCUGAUCAUUUUAAUGAAGAAAUAUGGAAAAUAAGAGAAAUGUUUGAAUUUUCUGAUGCUAUUAAAAUACCUUCUUUACCUUAUCAACUUGUUGGCUCGAAAAAAAUACAAAUGUUAUUAUUAGAUGAUAAUAUAUUAAAAAAAUAUAUUUCUUUGAAUUUAAAUAAAGAAAAAAAAUCAGAUGAACAAAUCAUGAAUGAUAUGAACCUUUUAAAAAAAACCUUUGCCUUACAAGUAGAUCCAUCUCAAAAUAUAAAUGAACCUAUUAUUCAAGAUGCUAUCAAAAAUCAAAAUAAUUAUUUAUUAAAACCUCAAAGAGAAGGAGGAAAAAAUAAUUUACAUGGAAAUCAAAUCAAACAAAAAUUAAUGCUUUUCUAUGAUAAUAAUCAAAAACAAACACUAUCUCAUUAUGUUUUAAUGCAACGAUUAUUUCCAUCAUGCUUUACAGCUAUACAUUGUAGAACUCAAGAAAUUAAAAAUGAAACAGAUACAAUAAAUAUUUCAAAUGAACAACAGAAAAAGAAACCAUCACAUCUUACACAAUUCUCACUCGAAAAAUCCAUAUCUGAAUUUAGUUUGUUUCAUAAUUUUAUUUUUUAUAAAAAUAAAAAUAUUUUAAAUGAGCAGAAAGGAUAUUUAGUGAGGACUAAAAAUUACAGUGAAAAUGAAGGCGGGGCUAUUUGUGGUAUAUCAAGCUUGGAUUCUUUUUUUUUAACUCAACACUGA